CAGGUUACUGGGUGACAGGUGCUGACGAUUCUACAGGUAGACGAUGAGGGCGCCCUGUUUGUUGGGCCUUCUCUUCCUGUCGCAAGUUGUGUUAACUAUCUGCGAAGACGAUACUCUGACCUACUUGGAUUCAAAACUUUCGUACACUGAGUAUCAGCCAUCAUGGCCGACGACGGAAACACAGAACAUACUUUUCGAGUUUAGGACUUUUUCGUCGAAUGCGUUGUUGAUGUACAACCAGUAUAACAAUGACGAGUUUGCACAGACGCCAUACGCUAUGGGGAUUGUUUUGAAGAAUGGACGAAUCCAAGCACUGCAUAUAUAUGACUCAUUAUUUGACAUAAUCACGCUCGGUAAAGGUAUGAAUGAUAAUUCGUGGCAUAAUGUAUCUUUAACAAAAUCGGUGAAUGGUACCCUCACUUUGACUGUUGGCAGAGAAUCUCAGACAUUGCAGUUACAAUCAUACGCCCUCAACGAUACUCAGGACGAGAUGACGUCAAAUAUAACGUCAGUUUACGCUGGAGGAUUGCCUGCAGAUCUAAACGAUUUCAUCGGUUUUCGCGGCGAACACUUCUUGGGCUGUAUACGCAACGUCAAAUUUCCCGAUUCUAAUGGUUUGAAUGAAAAUAUCACAUAUACGACAACAGUAUUAACAACUCCCGGAUGUAUUGAUAAGUGCGAUACAGAAAAUAGCUGCGUGAAUGGCAAGUGUAUCAAUCACUAUGAUGGCGUAAAAUGUGACUGCUACAACAGUGGAUUUGAGGGGAAAUAUUGCGAAAUUGAAGAGGUGACUGAAUUAACUUACCAGGGAUUUAAUUUCAUCGAAUACCGUAUUUUUAAUAGCUCUGCUCGACAGCAUAAGUCAUCAACUCGGAUCAGUCUAGAAUUUAAGGUAGAAACAGAAGAUCAGGACGCUGCUAUAUUGUUCUACGGGUUAGGGGUAUUCCCCCUACGUAAUUAUUUGGCGAUAAGCCUGUAUGCUGGCACAGUUAACGUUACUGCCGACUUUGGGGACGGACCUUACUAUCUCAGUGGUGGAUCCAAUGUCAAGAACAAAUGGCGCUCGCUAACGGUAACGCAUAGCGGUCGAUCAUUGACCAUGGAAGUGGAUAAUGAGAUGAAUGAAGUUGAAAUAACGGGUGACCACUAUCACCUGCAGCUUGAUCCGUUGGUGUAUUACGGAGGUGGACCGAAUCUGGCAGGAAGUCCUGGGCUUCCAACUGGUCGUAACUUCGUAGGAUGCAUGAGAAGUGUUUAUUACAACAUGGACAAUCUGAAUGAACAACUAAAAAAGGAUGACGCAAGAAUUCGCCACGUUGGCGCUGAACCAAUUUAUGGAUGCAACGCAAUUGAGUUCACUCCGUUGACUUUCCCAACCUUUAAUUCACAGUUAUUUUUAGAUCUUUGGCAGGAAAACGAAGAUUUAUCUUUGAGUUUUGAAUUCCGCACCCAGCAAAGGAACGCCCUAGUCAUGGUGACUGUUCUCAAUAUUAGAAACACUACCAGUUAUGCCGGGACACUAAAACUUAAAUUAGCUGAAGGUAGAAUGGAGGUACACUUGGAUAUAUCGGUCAACAAGAAAAAUGACACAGUAUCAUAUUGGACAUUUUCUGGGCAUAAUCUGAAUGAUGGCAAGUGGCAUUUAUGCGAUUUAAGGAUGACUUUGGCCGAUGGUAUUGUAACAAUGCGUCUAGAUAACGAUGAAGUGUAUGUUGUUAGCAACCGAAAGAAAGUUAUCCAGUUAGGUGGAUUUCAACCAGCUACCGACAUAUUACUUGGAGCUGGACUGCACAACCAAGAACGAGGUUUCGUUGGAUGUAUUCGUCGAAUAGUAUUACAAUAUAUACAUAUCAAUCCAUUGGAUACAAUAACCAGCGGUGCGGCCAAUGGUUUAUUACUUGAUGGGUGUGACAUGAAAGACAUUUGUGCCAUUAAUAACAUAUGUGAACAUGAUGGGUACUGUGUCCAAGAUUGGUAUGAGACGUUGUGUGACUGUGAAGGCACUGGAUAUAAUGGAACUGUCUGUCAUUUUCCGCUAUAUCGUCGUUCCUGUGAGGAGUACUACCACAUGGGUAAGCAUCGCAGCGGUGUUUGGCGUAUAGAUCCCGAUGGUGUAGGACCAAUACCACCAACAUACGUGCACUGUGACAUGCACGGCGACCUUGGGGGAGGUUUUUCGUCCACUAUGACAAUUGACCAUAACCUUGCCGCCUCAACUCUAGUUAGACAAGACAAAUUUAGAGAUCUGAAGAAGGUUCUGACGUACCGUGGAGCUGACGAAGAGAGCUUAGUAUAUUUUGUGAAGCAUUCAAUCAAUUGUAGCCAGACCAUCACAUACGAGUGUUACAAAUCCCCCCUCAAUCUUUGGGAUCAAACACGGUUUUUAUCAGCAGGAGGACUAAUGUUCAAUGAAGUUGAAUUCUCGGAAAACUGUGUCUCGAAUAUCGAUAAAUGGCAGCAGGACGAAGCUAUUGUGACCAAAGAUACGUAUCUUCCUAUAACAGAAAUGAUCUUUAUGCAACAACUCAAUUCAGCAUCUACUAAAGCAAAAGUGUCACUUUCCUCAUUAAAGUGCAGCGGAUCUAAUAUUUACGAUCCUAAAUACGCAGUUACAUUUAGAACGGACAACGGAUUUUUAAUGCUGGAUGCUUGGGACCAUGGAGAUAUCAGUUUUAAUUUCAGGACUUUAGAAAACAAUGCUGUCUUACUUUUUCAACAACCGUCAAGGCAGUCGACGGAGCAACUUCUAAUCGAGCUUAUUGAUGGUUCAUCAGUGGAUUUCACCUUUGACACCGGCUCACGAGAAGCUAACCUGACUGUUCCAACUCUACCUCUCAAUGAUGGCAAUUGGCAUAAAAUAUGGAUUGAAUAUGAUGCAUAUCAUGUUCGAUUUACCGUGGAUAUGAUAAGUACAUGGUUUCAAUUAAUGGAAGGGGAAAUCUUUGGACCAUUUGGUGGACCUCUAUUCAUUGGUGGCAUGGGCGGUGGAUAUUUUAGAAUAACACCAGGAUUUAUCGGAUGCAUUCGUGGUUUGAGCAUCAAUGAAGAAAUAAUACCUUUACAGGACUACAUUACCAAUGAUAACAGUUCAGCGGGAAUCGAAGCAGGAUGCCAUCGAUCAUGUGAUCCAAACCCAUGUGUCAACGGCGGUUUGUGUUCAGAGAUGUGGGGGUCAUACAUAUGUAUGUGUGCAGAUAUAUCACAUCGUGGUCAAAACUGUGAAGAAAAUUAUUUAGACGACAUGGUAACUUUUCCUAAUAAGGAAACUAUUAUGAAGAUAGAUGCUGUAGACGAUUCUUCACUGACAUCGGACAUAAGAUUUGAAUUUAGAACAAGGCAAUGGGAUUUGCUAAUAUUAUACGCCAAUGACUAUCUUGGUAACUUUAUUCAGCUGUCCUUCCUUAGAGGCAAUAGACUGCAAUUGAAGUUUAAUUCCGACCAGAGUAUCAAUGUUUUACAGAUUUUUACAGAGCAAGAUAUACGUAACGGUGAAUGGCAGCGAAUUCAAGUAAUACGAAAUCACGGACAAACAUCUCUCUAUUUAAAUGACGAAGUUGCUCACAUCCAGACACCGCUUGUAUUACUUGAUGACUACAUACCGAUAGAGAGCCGGUUCACCAAUCCAUCAUUGAUUGAUGUGUGGCCUGAGUUUGAGAUCAAUACAAACAGCACUCCUUACACAUAUGUAUAUAUUGGAGGCGUUCGACAAAACAUGACAGACCCUCUGAAUGUCAACACACAGGGAAUGGAAGGAUGCAUGCGAGCAGUGUUUGUUGAUGAGGUGCCUUUCAGUUUAGUUGCGGAGACAGAAAAUAACGCAGGAGUGUUUCCUUUCUGUACUCCAUUCUGCACACCAUCGGCAUGUAAACAUGGAGGUAUUUGUAAAGAAAAAUGGAAUAGUUUUGAGUGUGAUUGCUCAAAGACACUGUUAUAUCGAGGCGCUCAGUGUGAAAUCGAUAUUGGUGCUUAUUUUCAACCCAAUAUGUAUCUUCUCUACGAGUUCAACCCAUUCAACUCCACGUACAUCCAGCCGCCUGGUGCAAAUGAUCCAGCCUAUGAUGAAAUGGACUUUGCGUUUAUUGCCAACAACACGUAUGGUGUCAUGGCCUAUGUUAGAGGGGACAUCUACGACGAUGAGUUCCAAUACAUCAUUGUAGAACUUACAAAAGAUGGUUAUGUCUUCGUACAUAUCAAUCUUGGUUACGGACAAGAAACAUUUCUUGCUCCAUUACCCGGCCCAUACAACGAUGGUAAGCGUCACUGGUUUUACUAUCGACGUAGAGAACGACGUAUUGUGAUUGAUAUUGACAACACUGCGAAGGAAAUCAUGGACUUAAUGGUGGACGAAGACAAAGCGUUAUUUGAUAACAGAGAUGCUAUAGUUAUUGGAGGUGUAGAAAAUGAAUUGAUACGACAACCUUUGAAAUCAUUUUCAAAUUUCAGUGGAUGUAUCUCGGAAUUCCAAUACAAUGGAAUACAGCCAAUCAAAAUCGCACUUGGGUUGGAAGGAAAUGAUCCAACAAUCGUUGACGUCGAGGGAGAUUUGUUAGAAGCUAGCUGUACUGUCAUUAGACCAACUACAGCGCCGUUUUCUUUUGCAACUGACCAGUCCACCACGUCUAUGAUGCCCCCUACUGAGAUGUUCACCUACCCACCUUGGAAUGUAGGAGCAGCAUCAACUGUGUACUUGUCUUCACCUCAAGCAGUUGCUCCAGAAGCACAGACAGCUGACUCUUCAUCGAGCACAGUUGUCCUAGCUUUUAUGGUAAUCGUGGCAGUAGUUCUAUUGGUGGCUAUUAUUUGCACUGCUUUUCAAAUAAACAAAGAAGAGCAGAAGAAGAAAGAAGGUUAUCAAAAUGUCCCAAUGACUGAGAUGGAAAAUGGUACUAGACAACCAAUUAGAGAUAAAGAUGCAAUAAGAAAAGAAGAUCUCAACAAGCCUUCACAUACUAUCGUGAGAGAGCUGCCUGAAGAAAAAGUCCCACUGAAGGAGGAACCAUGGGCAGUUGAUAACCUGUCCGAUUCAGAUGAUGAUAUCCUACCACAUCGCCGACCCUUACAAGUAGGAGAAGAAGAAAUGGAAUGGGAUCCGGUAGCGGAUACGACACUUGUUGCUGAUGAUCCUAAUUUAUCCCCCGUUACCCGGCAACGAGACAAGACUCCGACAGAAGAUAAAGAACCUUUGCUAAACUUCGAUGAUAUACCAAUGGCGGAUGAUAAUAUACAAGAGCCAGAUCUGGAAUGGGAUGAUGAAAUGACGCCGCCUCACGAACGACCUGUAAGCUAUGACCUGCCACAGCAAGAUGAAGACACCGAUGAGGAUGAAGUUAAAGAGGAGGUGAUAAAACAAAAAGAUGAAAAUGAGGAAGAUGAUGAUAAACCAAAAGAAACAACCUCACUGAAUGUCGUGCAAGAUGAUGUCGCUCAACAAGAUGACGAUAGUGAUUCUCAAGAAACCACACCUUUGGUUCCUCCAAAAACGUCCGUAAGUUAUGAAAACUUAGAGGACGACGAUUCUGAUAACGAAAUCGAUAAUGAACCAAAACAGAAACUGAUUGAAUCGGAGUCAGGUGAAGAGUCUGACAAAGAGCCAGAGCCAGAACCAGAAUCAGAAGAACAACAACCACAACUAGAGCCAGAGUCAGAACCAAAGCCGGAACAACAGCCAGAGUCAGUACCAGAGCCUAAACCAAAGCAGGAGUCAGGACCAGAAUCAAGACCACAACCGGAGCCAGAGCCACAACUAGAACCAGAUCCACAACCGCAGCUAGAGCCAGAACCAAUUCUACAACCACAGCAAGAGCCAGGAACAGAGCCACAACCAAAGUCAGAACCACAAAAGCCAGAACCAGAGCCACAACCGGUAAUUGAACCAGAAAUACAAACUCACUUAGAGCCAGAAUUAGAAUGGGAACCAGAUCCUGGUUUCCAACCAGCCCCUGAACGCAAACCCGAUUCUGAAGAUGACGACGAAAUGGUACAAGGGGAAAUUGUUUCUCCUGAAAAAUUACCCCCUGAACACACAAGUAAAAUUGCAGAAUUAAAGACACAAGAGGGCGUCCCAGAUGAACUGCAGACGAAUGGCAUGCCUUUUGAUUCCGUUUUUGACGAUAACGACAAUCCUGCCAAAGUCGCUGACGUAAUACCAGGCGAACCCGAAGACUCUGAACCAACUCCACAAAUAUCUUCUCCACAACGGAAAAAGAAAAAGCGGAGAACAAGUCGGCGUGGCUCAGAAAUAUCUCAGCAAAGUCAAAGCUGAAACCAUUCAAGAUGUUAUCAGUAUUUGUGUAGUUCAGUUUCAUAUUGUGUUAGUUUGCGCGUAUUACUUGAAAUAUAUAUGUUUGCAGAUGUUGAGUUACCUUGUUGUAAAAUAAUCACCAAAAAUUUAAGAAUUUAUCAGAAUAUUUUUAUAAUAUUAUUUAUAAUCAAAAAUGUAAUAUGAAUGUUUCACAAUUUUGAAAAUUUAAAGGUUUACUCGACUUGAUUAUUGUCCUGUUAUUAGUGAUCUGUCUUGCUCAGUUCAUUGUAUUGUCACG